AUGUCUUCUACCAUCAUCUGGCCCCAACAAUAUCUCCCGGGAACCACGGACAACUAUGUCUCGAAUGAGAUAUUCGUGGCAGGCAUCACCGCAGAACAAGUGUGGCCGUAUCUGGUGAAUAUUACCAAGUGGGAGUCCUAUUACAACAACGUCAGCCAGAUCACACCACCCAGCUCCGGCCCAAUCCUACGCAAGGACGACAAAUUCAGCUUCUCUACCUUUGGAUUCCCACCGCUACAGUCUCAAGUGUGGGAGUCAGUAGCGCCUACAGCUUCUUCGCCAGGACGACUGGCUUGGCGCGCGUGGCAGGAUGGCGAUGAAGAGACCGCCCUCGACGUGUAUCAUGCGUGGAUUGUCGAGAAUACCGAAUGGGGGGUUGUGCGCAUCCUAACGCAAGAGGUGCAAGUCGGGAAGCCUGCUGCUGAGCUGGCAACAGCGAGACCCAAUCCAAUGUUGAAUGGGCACCAAGAUUGGUUGGACGGAUUGGCGAAGAUAGCCAAGGCAGGAGGGAACUGA